AGUGAGUCCUAUGAAUAUUUAAUGUGCAACUCGGGCUGGACCAGCAGAGGGGAGUCCAUGGGCCCCGAUCCCUGUGCGCGCCAGGGCCGGGGCGCGCAGCGAGCUCGUCCGCCCGGGUCCCGCCACCGCGAGAACCCGGGGGCAGGGAGGGCGGGGGGUUGCGCCAGGAAAAGGUUGGCAGAAAGAGGGCUGGUGACAGGGAGCCCGGCUCGGGGUGAGCAGGCCGACGCGUUCAUUUCCAUAAGAAAGCUGAAAUCGCGGUUGGAGGCAGGAUUUCUCCCCGCUGGCGCCCUUCCCCCAUAGCCGGUUUUCUGCUAGAAGCCGGCUCCCGAGCUCAGAACCCUAAGUGUGCGCUGUGGGCUUUGAUGGUGUUGAUAAAAUGUGGUUUCGAGUGUUGCCCCGAAUGAGGCCGGUUUCCUGUCUGCGUGUGGAGUGGAAGAUCGCGCAGGGUGAGUCCAGCGCUCGGGGGAGCGGCCAGGGGAGCCGGAGCACGCCAGUAAAGGCAGCGGGCGCAGGGAACCCUGGCAGAGGGCGUCCUCCCGCAGGUCUCUGAGAGGGGGAGCCCGGUUGAGACCAAGACCCCAAGCAAAGAAGCGGGGGCAGGGGUGAUGAGGGCUGAGAGGUCGCGAAAGUCCUGGAAUCCAGGCAGCCCGCGCAGGGGAAGGGCUGGCCAGCCUCGCCGCAUCCUCUUCUACCACCCGGGAAACUUUCGCUCGCCGCCGCUGACCCUCUUCCUGCGAAGGAAUAAAGUGAACUUGCUCAGCUACUUGAUUCUCCUAGCUGUUCAGUUCCUUUUCUUUUUCUCAUAGAGUUUCUUUUCGGGUUUUAGUGUGAACAGCAGCCGUGUGUCCUCAGUUCUCUAAAGCACGCACGCACAUCUCCUAGAUAAUUUGUGAUCUCCUCUGGAAAAAUUACAAGCCAGAUCUGUAAGGUUUAUUCUUAGGUAGUUUACAAAAAGCAGGAAAUGUGUGAGGCACGUGCCUGCAAAUACAACAAAAGCACUUUACCUUCUGGAAAAAGUUGCCUGCAAAUGGCUGGUUCCCUUUGCCCAUUCGAGACCACCUGUACUUCUCUGCGAAACUAAAUCGGGCCACUAAUAAAGCACUAAUCAGAUCAGGCAAUUAAAUACCAAUUAUGACUAUAAAUGACUUUAUUACUAAUGAUUGGAAUUGAAGACUCAAACCCGGUCAAGGUAAUCAAGCUGUUUCAAAAUUCUGCUACCUAAGACUUUUACAUCGCUCUUUCCUCAAAAAAAAAAAAAAAAAAAAAAAAAAAAAAAAGGUGGUAAGAAGACCAGAGAUUAUGUUUCAAGGAGUUCACCAGUAGAUAGCCAUGGACAAUGUUCAAUUUAUUUCUCUCAGUAAAGUUUCUUGCUACUUUUGGUAAAUAAAGAAGUCUUCCUUUCUGGCCCUUUCAGGCUAUGUAAAGUGUAAUCAAUGAUGGUGGUCAUAACAUACUUGGUUGGGAUGUGGACCUGAGAUAGGGUGGGUGUGUGUUCUCUGUCCAAUUACUCUGAGAGUGCUCAAAACCCUAGAAGAUUGUAAAGAACAAGUGUUUUAACUCUCCAGAUGGGGUAAUGGUUGUAGGGAAUGCUGGGAGGUAAGGAAGUGAAGGAUGUUGAACCCAGAGAGCAAAGGAGAAAUAAGGAUUCAGUCUACCUUUUAAUUUUUCUUUUUGCUCAUGGGUUGAAAUGGCUUUGUCAUGUCAUGGGCCAAGUGACUGAAAAAGAAAAAGUUAUUGAGAAGAGUUUAUCAAUUUAAAAGUGACUGUGGCUGGGUUUAUUUAUUAAUGAAGAAGAUUUGCUACUGCUUUCUUGCUCUCGAUGGACAACCUCUUGUUAUUCCAAAUGGAAGUCCACACUCAGUUCCUUGAUGGGAGGAGAAGACAUGGGAGAGAGACGAACAAACUGCUGCUGGUGUCCACCACAAGAAGAAAAAAGGGGGCAGCUUGUAGGAGCUCCCCUGCUGCCCAGAAGCAGGCAGGCUAAGCACUGGGCAGUUGGAGGAGCCAGCAGCUCCUCUUGAUGUAGGUCACCUCUGCUCACCGUCCCAUGGUCUUUCAGGAUACUGGAUGUGUUUUGGGCACUGUACUUCCAUACCGUCUUGCUCGGGACAUCUGCCCAGCGCCUCAGCUCCUGGGUGGAAGUUCACAGCAACUGUACACAUCUGGUUUUGAUGUAGUUGCCAGGCUGGUAUGGAAAUGCCCAGGAUGCAUGGCAGAAACCUGAGCUGCUUGAGAUGAACACAGUCCUCUGCUCAGCAGCCAUAAAAGUUUUGAUAGUUUCAGAGGACUGGGUGGCCUUUCUCCCUUGAUGUGAUGAUGAACAUGAGUCUCCUUUCCAUUUCUACUUUGGCAGAGUAAGCAAAACUUCCCUGAACGGGGCAUCUCACACCUAAAGUCAGGCGAGAAAUAAUACAGGGAAGGAAGGGACCCUCCGCAGGUAAUGGGAUGGCAUGGGAUUCCCUUGGAAACUCCAAGGGCCUCAAAACCUCAUUGGAAUGGGAUGAACCCGGGUAUUCACUCUUCAGUGGUUCCCAAAGAACAAACCUCUUUUGCCUAGCUCAGGCUGUUGGCAAUCUAUGUGCACCCUGAGCCCUGAAAGCAAAACUAAUGCUCCUACUUUACAUGGGCAGCUGACCCUAGAAGCAGAUCUUAACCAGACAGCUUCAUAUUAACAGUAAAUUCCCUCUGUGCCCAACUACCCAGGGGCACCCCAAGAACAAAUUUACUGUUGAACCCGAGAACCCCAGGAAGAGGGGGCAAGAGGCUGGGACAGGGCUCCCCAUAACUUCCAGCAAGGACUUCCUGUCAACAACUCCAGUUUAGGGCCUGCUCACCACUAAGUCGGGGAUGGGGUGAGGAAUGGCUUGGGAACAGGAUGAAACAAGUCAGUUGUUCUUCCCGGGGUCAGCUGUAGACAAACCUGAGACAAUAAAUCCCCUGAGGAGGGGAAGGAUGGAGAGGGAAGCUGGCCCUAGUAUACUGGCCCUGUGGACCAAUCUGGCCACACUCAAAGAAAGACCAGAGCGCCUCCAAAGUGCCAGGAAAACUGCAGAACACCAGAGGUUGUUUGGUCCCUUAGACCCGGCCACCCCCUUGCCUCCCCACAUCACUCAGGUCUGAGGACCUGCUUCCUCAGGAAGCAUGGUGAGGGAAUCAGGGGAGAGUUGGAGACAGAGUUCUUCAACUUACACUUACUUGAAAAUUAACAUAGAAAGCAGAGAGCAAAACUCAGCUCCCAGACAGGGCCUCCAUGGCAUCAGAAAGCCUGUCCACUCCUAGUGCACCUUAAUACCGGAGUCACCCCCUGUGGGCAGCCCUUACACAUUUUUCAGGAUGUCAGGUAAACUGAGAGAAAGAGGUUGAUCUCAGCAACCCAAGGAAAUGCAAAUGAGUUUGUUUCCUUAAAAGAAAUUUUACAGCUUUAAACUUUUCCCAGCCAGAAUCCUCCCAAUUUCAUCACAGUCUCCUGUCAGCAUCCAUAACCUAUUCCACUCUUUCCCCUUUCUUCUCUGUGGCUCCGAGCUGCAUUUUAGGAGGGUUUAUAUAAUGUUGUUCAUGUCAGCACAUCUCCCUGUUCCCACUCUAACCCAGCUCCUUGUAUGGAAUCGUACUUGGAAACCACACACAUAAAAUUUUUUUAAAAAAUUUCUGCUAUUCUUCCUGACUAGAAGAAUUGACAAGACAUAGACACAUUAAGUUGCAUAAAAUACAGUGGACUGAUCAGCCAAAAUGCAUCUCAUUUGCACUUGUAUGUAGCCAGGGGUAGGAGACCAUGUCACUCAUUUCUUCCCAAAUCUGUCCGCCAAGCCGGACUGACUAGCUGGAAUUUCUAGCAGGCCCGGUGGCAGGGCCAUUUGUGAGGUGGGAGGCCGGGCUGGCCCAGGCCAGAGGGAGGUGAGGGGCGUAGGGGAGGUGUCUAGAGGCCUGGCCUGAGGGCUUGAAAAAGUCUGAACCUUAUUUCUCAGCAUUUGGAGGAUGGGUGCGGGCAAAUGGAAACCCAAGCUGAGCUCUGUAGCGAUCCCUCUGGCUUGCCACUGGAUUGCAUUAAAUAAAGGGGACACCUGAAAGCAGGGGGACAGCACCGACCAUAUUUAACACUCAGGUCCAACCAUUUCCAAGAGUAGCCUCCUCACCACUCACUUUGUCACUGGGGGAGGAUAGGUUCCCGCACCUGCUCCUAACCUUGAGUUUGGACUCUGAGUUGCUCACUGCUCACCUGUCCUGAGCUGAGCCCCAGUCCUGGCCGGGAGUCCCGAGGGGACUCUUCCUCCAUCAGCAUGGAGGGGAGCAUGCAGCCAGAAUCCAGUGGGGGAAUAGGGUGAAGUUACGGGUCUUAGAGGGUGUUUCCCCCCCUUCUUUUUCUUUUAUUCACCAAUUCACCAAUCACGAGGAUUUAAACCCUGAGGGUCUCCUGGUGCUAAAGGGCCAUUUUCUACCCACCAAUUCCUACCGCGCAGUUGAACGCCUGGGCUGCGCAAGCGCUCGGGGUCACGGUCAGAGUCGUGUGGCGGCAUGGGAGUGUGAUAGCAGGACGGGAGAACCUCAGAAGGGGUGACCAGGGCGGAGUGCACAGGGCUGAACCGCUGGGCAGUGACCACCUAGCCUGCACGCGGCCUGGGGCAUGCUUUCCUUCCUUGCAAAGACCGGGGUGACGCAGAUACCCUGCCACCCCGCCAGCUCCAAGCUGCUGGAGUCCUCUCCCUCUCGCCCAGCAGGAGGGCCUGCGUCUUCAGGCCCCAUUGCAGUCGGCGACUUUCCCAGGGCCAACCAAGGGCGAGGCAAUCUGCCCGACAAGGCCAUCGCCUCACUGAGCCGCCCGGGGAACAGCCAGCGACAAAGCCCUGAGGGCUCAGGCGCAGCCACCCACCGGAGCCCGGCGGAGACCUGCGGGGGAGCAGGGACCGAGGUCGAGAGGCCCGGCAGCCAGCCACACACAGUUGACAGCCCCCAGACGUCUGCGGAGCCCCGGGAACAAUCCACGGGCUCUGCGUCCCGGGAGCGGGCUACGCCUACCAGGUCUCCUCUCCAGACCUCUCCGCCUGCACCUAGUCAUUGGGAGACAAUCAGGGGACUUUUCAACCUCUGUGAUCCUUACAGUGGCAGUUUGGAACCUACCUGCCUGGCCCUUUGCUGUACCUUGACAUUGCGCUAUCUGAACCUAGUGAGCAAUGACUGUUCGGGCCAGCUAAGUGGGCUUACCUUCUGCUGAGAGGCAGUCCCCAGGGUAGAACUACAGUGUGAUCUCUCAGGAAGCUCUUCAUCAAAACACCUCCUGUCCUUUUUCAAAAAAUAAAUUUUUUUUUUAAAAAAAGUUUGUGCCUCCCUCUCAGUGUUUGUCCCGUUCUUUUGUAGCUACAAUAAUGAAACAUGAGCCUCAGUGAUCAUUCUUUCCGUCCUUUUGUAACCAUGUCUAGUAGUGGGAACUUACAAAGCCCCAGACACAAUUCAGGUGUGUUCCAUGCUUUUCGUGUUUAAAUACCACUCACUGGGGCACACAGAAAAUUCACACUUGGUUCUGCCUU